UUUCUAAGCAACACAGGUCACAAUUGUGUUUGGCGGAUAAGAUUAACCAUGGCUGCCGCAGUGGCCCAAGGCGUUGAAAGUAGAAUCAGAACUCUUGCACAAACAAAACGCAUCAGAAUCAAAGAUUACUUCCAAGACUUUGAUAAACUAAAAGGAGGUGCAGUUACAGAGAACCAGUUUUUCAGAUGUCUAUGGAGUGCUUUAGGUUUGCAAAUGGACGCCAAAGAUGCGGAGGUCCUCAAACAAAAAUACAUGAGGAAUGAUGGCUCAGUCAAUUAUAUGCAGUUUUGCAAUGAAAUUGAUUUGAACUUCAACCCAAACAACCUGAAAAAGAACCCAAGAGAUCAAACUGUUGAAGUACCUGAAUUCCUUGGAACUAUCAGAUCUGUUAGGCCCCUGCCUCCCACUGAUGAGGAGAAACUGCUGACACUUUUGGGGAAAAUGCAGAAGUUUUAUCAGUAUCAUGGAAUCAAUCUCAGGACAUGCUAUGAAGAUUUUGACAGGCACCACAUGGGCGUUGUCACUGAAAGUCAGUUCCACAGACAAUUUCCUGGCCCACCGGAUGUGAGUGACAAUGAAAUUGCACUGCUGGUUCAGAAAUACAGAGACCCCGACAGGCCGGGUCUGUUUAACUACCUGAAUCUUCACCAUGAUUUAGUGGCCAUUCAACAACAUAUGGCUGCUCAGAAAGAGCUGCCUUCCAUUGGAUCCAAGAAAAACAUGGACCAAGUUCCAAUUAUUGAAACAGGAGAUACAGCCCUGAAUGAAAUCUUUGAGAGAAUCAGAGUGGCUGUGUUUAAGAAUGGUAUCCGAACAACAGAAUUCUUCCGCGACCACGACAAACUGCGGAGCGGGAUUGUGACAGAAAGUCAGUUCAAGUGUGGCCUGUCCCUGGCGGUGGGGAAGGAGGCCCAGCUCUCCAGGGCGGAGAUCCAGAAGGUUGUGGAGUAUUACAGGGUGGCUGAGGACAGGGUCCAGUACAGAGAGUUCUGUCAGAUGAUGGAGAAUGCAUUCAACAUCCCUGAGUUGGAGAAGAAGCCUCUACAAAAUGUUGUACGUCCUCAGAGGGGUGCUUUAUCCAGAACAUUGAAAGGGCUGACUGAUGAAGAGGAUAUGCAGUGUGAGCAGAUUCUGCAGAAGAUCCGAGAACAAGUCCAGAGGCGGAGAUUAAUGAUCUACCCUUACUUCAAAGACCACGACAGAGGAGUGGCCUACACCAGAGUUGUGACUCCCACUCAGUUCUCCCGAGUUCUCCAUUACCUGAGCCUGAAUGUCAACCCUGAAGAGCUGAAGCUUCUGCUGAGGAAAUUCCAGGACCCAGCCAGUGGGGACGUCAACUACCCAGCCUUUGUACAAACUGUGGAUAAAGAAUUUGUUGGCCACACCUUGGAGGAUGUCAGUAUGAUCGACCAAACCAGAACCAAUGUCCCGGUUGUAGAGAAGGAAGUGUCUGCAGAAGACAGCAAUGUCUCGUUUGAGGAGCUGAUGGCCAGAAUCCGCCAUAUUGUUCUUACCAACAGACUGCGAGUGAUAGAAUUUUUCCAAGACUUUGAUCCCCUGAGGAGCGGUUACAUCAGUAAGACUCAGUUCAAGCGAGCCCUGGCAACCAUGGGGCUGAGUAAGCUCGGGUCCCAGGAUCUGACUGAGGCUCAGUAUCAGAUGCUGGCCAAGUACUACGAGAGCUCAAGCUCCUCGGACAAAGUCUGCUGGAAGCAGUUCCACGAUGAUAUAGAAAAUGUUUUCACACAGCCAGGACUUGAGAAGGCUCCAACCUAUCAAGUUCCACAGUCGGAGGUUUUCAGGGUCCCCAAGCCUGGUACAGUGAACUGGGAGGGAGCAAGCCAAGACCACCUGAACCUGGUGGCAGAAACCAUGAACCGUCUCCAACAGAAGGUCAACCAGAGGAGGAUCCUGUGUAAACCAUGCUUUCAGGACUUUGAUAGACACAACAAUGGCCAUGUGACCAAGACACAGUUCCGCCAAUGCUUAACGUACUUACAACUGAACGCCAGCGAGGAAGAAAUGAAGGCCCUGGAGGCCAAGUUCUGCAAUGACAUGGGCUUUAACUACAUCGCCUUCCUGCAAGAGCUACAGCCCUACACGCCCCCGGACUUCAUGUACGAGAAGAGGCUGGAAGACGUCCGUCAGACUAACGUUAGGACCAGACUGCCGGAAACAGACCCUAUCUCUGAUCUUGAGGGUGUGCUAAUAAAGAUCAAAACUAAGGUAUCCAGAGAGAGACUGAGAGUGUUGGACUUUAUGAGGGAUUAUGAUAAGCUGCGCUCCGGACGAAUGCUGAAGACAUCUUUCAGGAGAGCCCUGGAUCUGUGUGGAUUCCAGCUGAAGGAAUCAGAAAUCUGUAUCCUUGAAGAUAGAUACCAGUCCAGGAAGGACCCAGAUUACGUGGAGUACACCCAGUUCUGCGAUGAAGUGGAGUCCAUUUUUACCUUCAAGGAGCUAGAGAAGGCACCGCUCCAGGAGGUGGUCCCAUUCAAACCUCCAGAGGAGUGGAAGCAAAAUGCAUUUAAGAAUGCCGAGGAACAGCAAACUUUUGAGAAUGCCAUGUACAAAAUUGCUGAAAAGGUCAGGAAACAUCAGAUGCAGUUAUUCCCCUUGUUUGAGGAUUAUGACAGGGUUCACCGAGGCUGUGUGUCCGAAUCUCAGUUCCACCGAGUCCUGACUGAGCUCGAGCUCGGAAGUCUCGUCAACAGACAGGAAAUCGAACUUAUCUCGAACUGUUUCCUCAUCAACCAGGGUCGACGAGAUGUAUAUUACAUCGGUUUCUGUGAUAAAAUUUAUGAAAUUGCCAAAUUUGAGUGGAGAAAACCGUAAAAAAUUACAAUAAUAAUGAGUAAAAGAAGUAAAAAUUGGAAAAAUCACUAAUAUUUUCAAAAGUAUUAUCAAGCAUUAUAUGAAUAAAGACAUUUUUUGUGUAACAUUCUUGUGUAUACUUAAGAAAAUAACAAUUUCAAACUGUUAAAAGGUUUUGACUAGAAGUGAGGUAAUAUGAUGAAAUAUAGUGCACUGAAUAUUGCUCCAAUGUCCAGUUUUUUUUUUUUAAAGUUGACUGUGAUUCAUGAACUGUGAACCAUUCAAAGCUUAUUUUAAUCAUUUGUGACAUUUGUUGAAUUCUCUCCUCUGUUUGUUAUGAAUGUUACAUUUUAUGUUUAAAUAUAUACAAGUAUUCCAUUGUUUAUGAAAAGAUUCAUUGUGAAUAAAGUGACUUAUCUUAUAAUA